AUGAGUACAUCAAGUAUCGAAGAAAGUUCUAUCACUCCUUCUGCUUCUUCGACAACCCCUGCUCUUGUUUCUUCUUCCUCUACUUCUGUUCUUGCCUCUUUUUUGAAUGUUCCUAAUGUAAGUGAUCAACUUACGGUUAAAUUGACCUCCAGUAAUUAUAUUCUUUGUAAAACCCUACUUUUGCCGAUUUUGAGGGGUUACAAUCUUGAGAAACAUAUUGAUUCCACUUUUACUCCACCACCACUUGUUAUUGAUAAUUCCCCGAAUCCGGCGUUUACUACUUGGUAUCUAGAGGAUCAGAUCGUUCUUGGCUAUCUAGAGGAUCAGAUCGUUCUUGGCUGGAUAAAUUCAUCCUUAACUGAACCGCUGCUGAAUAAUGUUGUUGGAGUUAAAUCUGCCCUCGAAGCUUGGAAGAACCUGGAGGCAUCGUUUGCAGCUGGAUCUAGGACACAAGUUCGCGCAAUCUCAGAAGAUGACUUUAUUGGCGCUAUUCUUGACGGCCUUGGACCUGAUUAUCGUCCAUUCACUAGAUCUGUUGAGGCACGAUUACAACCAAUCACAUAUGAAGAUCUUCGUGGUUUGUUGCUGGCAGAGGAACAACUACUUAAGAAACAUGAGGCUGCUACUACUGUCACCAUACCUGCCACUGCACUUUACAGUAAUCGUGAAACUACUUCUCGACAAAAUAAUAAUUCUUCUAGAGGUAGAGGAGGUCGAAGUCAGACACAGCGUGGUGGACGUUCUUAUAAUGGUUCCAACAGACAUUCAAGGACUUCGAGUUCAGGGGGUCCUGUUGUUUGCUACAAUUGCAAUGGUACUGGGCAUAUGUCUCGCCAGUGUCCAAGCCCACGAAAUUCGCCACAGGUUCAUCACACCUUUCCUUAUUCCUCACAAGCUCAACCCUGGAUUGUCCUUAUUCCUCACAAGCUCAACCCUGGAUUGUUGAUUCUGGGGCAACACAUCAUCUUACUGGAUCAAUGA